GGCUAACGCGCUAAAUUUGAACCGCUUGGUUCUUACUUCAGCCGAGUGUUGUGAGGUGUAGAGAUACUGGAGUCUUUAAAGUCUCUUUGUUUGGUAAAUUCCACUUAAUAUUUUACAGAAUUAAUGAGUUAGUUUUUGCAACAACGAAGCGGUUGGCGGUUUUGGUUAUUUAUUUGCAAAAUGAUGCAACGUCGGAGAGCUGUAGCAGUUAAACAGUAUAAAGAAGAAAGUACAGACGACGAGGAUGCAUGUGAUCCUACAGGCAGUCCAGUGAGUGGAGGAGAACCAGAUGAAUGGCUGCCAGAGGAGAAGACCAGAGGCACAGGAGGAAAAACAAAGAGGGAACCAGCUGAGAAAAAGCCGGCUGUUAAACGAGCAGCCAAACCUAAAGCUGAGAGAAAGCCUAGAGCUCCAAAGGCUGCAAAAGUAAAAAAAGAAGUCAAAAAAGAAGUCAAAAAUGAUGCCAUGUUCCAACUGGGUGACUCAAAGCCACAAGUGCAUGUUAAAGAGGAGAGACAGUCCUUUAGAAUGGACCAGGCAUUUAAUACUCAUGCUAUGGCACAUGAAAAGCCAUCAUCCAGCACACAGCUUCAAAUGCUAAAAAAGGAAGAACCAGAGGAUGACUUCACGUUUGAAAAGCCAGCGCUGAAGAAGCAGAAGACCACAAAUGAACCCCAGGGCAAAGCAAUCAAGCUGAAUUCUGGAAAUCCUUUAAAGGAUGAACUACAAAUGAACUGGGAGCCAAUUCAGGUUUUAUCCCAGAAGACCGGAGUGGAGCAGUGGGUCUGUAAAAAUAUUGUCCAGCUUUUGCGGGAGGAGAAUACUAUUCCAUUCAUAGUUCGCUACAGGAAGGAGCUGAUUAACCACAUGGAUGCUGAUGCUGUGAGGGAUGUGCAGCUCGUCCUGGAGGAGCUCUGUUCUGUAGCAAAGAAGAGUCAGUCAAUUUCCCAAACCCUGAAGAAAGAGGGAGCCCUCACGUCAGACCUGCAGCAGACUCUGAAGAACUGUAAAAGUGUUGAUGAACUGGAGCAUGUGUAUGCACCCCAUAAGAAGGGGAGCAAGUUGUCGAAGGCGAGGCGGGCAAAACAGCUUGGUUUAGAAUCUGCAGCUCUGGCCCUGCUUCAGUCGCCACAAACACUUGAUCUGCGCUCAUGGGUCAAGCCCGACACUGAAGGUUUGUCCACCCUGAAAGAGGUAGCCACAGGUGUAGAGCAAAUCCUCGCUGAUAUGAUUGCUAAAGAUAGCGAGACCCUGGCUUACGUCCAAUCACUAUGUGAUAGAAAUGAUGUGACACUUCAGUCAACAGUAUCUAAAACAGCUCUUAAAGAACAGGAGAAGCAGCAGCAGGAGAAGCAGCAGCAGAAAGCGGAUCACAAGAAAAAGAAUAAAGACAUAUCAAACUUCAGCCUGUACUCCUCGUUCCGCUGUAGCGUGCAGCGAAUCCAGCACCACCAGACGCUCGCCAUUAACCGAGGGGAGAACCUGAAGAUUCUGUCAGUGAAGGUUAACAUCCCCGACUGUGUGAAGGCCGAGUUCUGUAGGUGGUGCAUCAACGUCAGGUGGAGACCGCAGGGGUUUGCACAUCCAGAGUUGAUGAAGAUUCUGAAUAGUGCAGUAGAGGAUUCCUACAAGAGACUUGUAUCACCCCUGCUGUGCAGAAGCUACAGGACAAAACUGUCCACUACUGCAGAGAGAGAGUCUGUUGCUAUGUUUGUGCGGAACUUGCGGCAGAGGCUUUUGAUGUGUCCAGUGCGUGGCCAUGUCAUCAUUGGUGUCGAUCCAGGAUUUUACCAUGGCUGCAAAUUGGCAAUCCUUUCACCCACUAGUCAGAUCUUGCAAACAGAUGUGGUGUAUCUGCAUGGUCCAGGCAGGACUAGAGAGGCCGAGAAGCUGCGCCACCUCAUGCUUAAACAUAGCUGCCAGACUGUUGUCAUUGGAAAUGGGACUGCAUGCAGAGAGACCGAGGCUUUCUUUGCUGAUCUCAUCAAAAGAGGCUUCUUUAAACCGUUGGAUGUGUCAUAUUGUAUCACCAAUGAAGCAGGAGCGUCCAUCUACAGUGUCAGUCCAGAGGCGGUGAAAGAGAUGCCUGACCUGGAUCCAAACCUGAGGAGUGCAGUGUCGAUUGGAAGACGUGUGCAGGACCCUCUGGCUGAGCUGGUCAAGAUCGAUCCUAAACACAUCGGCAUCGGUACUUACCAGCAUGAUGUGUCACAGAGUUUGUUGAGGGCAGCACUGGACAGCGUGGUGCAGGAGUGUGUGAGCUUCGUGGGAGUGGACAUCAACAUCUGCUCCGAGACGCUGUUGAGGCACGUCGCAGGUCUGAGUACAGGCCGGGCUCGAAACAUAGUGGAGUGGAGAGAGAAGAAUGGGCCUUUUCUCAACCGAGAGCAGCUGAUGCUGGUCAAAGGCCUCGGCCCAAAAAGCUUUCAACAGUGUGCCGGCUUCAUCCGCAUCAACCCGGUGACGGUGCUCAGCUAUGGCUCAUGUGGAACCCAAAACUCUGCAACUGCUGAAAAGUCAACAGCUAAGAAGAGCAAAGCCAAAACCUUGUGUACCAUCUCUAAUCAGCCGAACCCACUGGACCAAACAUGCAUCCAUCCAGAGUCAUACAGCAUUGCCAUGAGGUAUUUGCGUGAGACUGGCGGUGCUUUGAAUCAACUGGGCAGUUCAGAGCUUCGACAGCGGGUUGAAAGCAGUAUUAGCAGCAGAGGUUUGGAGUGUUUAGCCCAGUCUCUUAACACCAGCCCUGAGACUUUGCAGCUCAUCAUGGAUGGCCUCACUCAACCACCCAGCUUCGACAUCCGUCAGGACUCCGGGCAGCCUGACUUUAAGCAAGGGAUCGUGUCCAUGAGCGAUCUCCACGUAGGUACAGUCCUAACAGGGCGUGUGGAAAAUGCUGCUUUAUUUGGGGUUUUUGUGGAUAUCGGUGUGGGCCAAGCUGGCCUCAUUCCAAAGCGCUACAUCACUCCUGAUAAACUGCCUGCUGACAUGAGGAGAAGAAGCCUCGCGUUAGGACCGGGAGAACGGGUUGAAGUGCGUGUUAUAAACGUGGACCUUCAGCGGAGCAGGAUCACCCUGGAUCUCAUCAGAGUUAUCAGAUAAGAUCACAAAUAAACGCUUAUCACAAAAUGAACGCUGUUCAUGCUUACAAUGCUGUUGACAUUGAAUGUUGUUUCAUUUCACAAUUGUUACCAAAUACUGGUUCUAUAAAUCCAUAUAAGAAUAUCUUGCAUUCAUAGCCUUGUUCUGUAAGUUCUGUAAAUAACAUGUUAUUAAAAAAAAUGUUGACUGUAAAUAAGCAUCAUACUGUGUAUAUGUACUUUAGUUAGAUGAUCAU